AUGGGCUCCAAGACCCCUCAGGGCGAGCCCCAGGCCAAUGGCCAUGACCCGUCCGACUCGAUCAAGUCCAGCACCACUGGCGGAGAAGCACGAGGUGUCCAUUUGGCCCGAGAUGGAGAUGGCAGCAUGCAGGAUGGGGGCAGCGACGACGAUGACGAUGGAGAAAAUCGGGCCAGCGCUGCUCCCAUGCCGCUGACAUCGCAGAACCCACCGACAACGGUUCAAAAGAAGAAGAAAAGAAAGAAGUCCAAGAAGAAGGCUGUGAAACAAUCGUCGCCGCCUCGGGUUCCUCUGACCACUCUCUUCCCUGCUGGUCAGUACCCCAGCGGCGAGAUCCAGAGCUAUGGGUCCUGGAUCGAGAACACGGCUCGCACGACGGCCGAGGAGGUCCGGUACAAAUCACGCAGUUAUCUGGAAGACAAUAGCCUGCUCAAUGACUAUCGCAAAGCAGCCGAGGUCCACCGUCAGGUCCGGCACUGGACGCAAGAUAACGUCCGACCCGGCCAACCGCUCACGGAUAUUGCGGUGGGCAUCGAGGACGGCGUGAGAGCGCUGCUUGAUAAUGAGGGUCUGGAGCCUGGCAGUGGUCUCGUGUCGGGAUUCGGAUUUCCAACGGGACUCGCGCUGAACAACUGCGUAGCGCAUUUCACGCCCAAUCCUGGCCAAAAGGAAAUCAUCUUGCAGCAGAGCGAUGUCAUGAAGGUGGAUUUCGGGGUCCACAUCAACGGGUGGAUCGUUGAUAGUGCCUUCACCAUGUCCUUCGACUCAACCUAUGACAAUCUGCUUGCGGCUGUCAAGGACGCCACCAACACCGGCAUCAAGAAUUCCGGGAUUGAUGUGCGGAUCAGCGAUGUCAGUGCCGCUAUCCAGGAGGCGAUGGAAAACUACGAGAUUGAGAUCAACGGCAAAACUGUGCCUGUGAAAGCAGUGCGCAACAUCAGUGGCCAUAACAUCAAGCCCUAUCAGAUCCACGGCGGAAAGUCGAUUCCUUUCGUGAAGAACAAGGAUCAAACCAAGAUGGAAGAGGGAGAGAUCUUUGCCAUUGAAACAUUCGGUACGACCGGGCAUGGUUGGGUGAACGAUGGGCCUGGUGUCUAUGGGUAUGGAAGAGACCCAUUCGCACCUAAAAAGGUGUCCUCGCAUCUCGCCACGGCCCGGUCUUUGUACAAGACCAUCAAUGAGAAUUUCGGGUCGCUGGUCUUCUGCCGUCGCUACCUUGAACGGCUUGGCGUUAAUCGUUAUCUGGCUGCGAUGAACAACCUUGAAUCUCAGGGUCUUGUGGAGGUUUAUCCACCUUUGAUGGACACUAAAGGGUCAUUCUCGGCGCAGUUUGAACAUACUAUCUUGCUGCGCGAGUCGGGCAAGGAAGUGAUCAGUCGCGGAGAUGACUACUAA